GUAAUUAAAAAGCGGCGGAAGAAGGUGGGAGGGUCAUGACGCAGCGAGUUUCAGUCGUGACUUUUGUGGGGACAUCGCGGCGUCCCCUUUUUUUGCCUUUAAAGUAAAACGUCGCCCCGACGCACCCCCCGCGUAUUUCGGGGGGCGGAGGCGGCGGGCCACGGCGCGAAGAGGGGCGGUGCUGACGCCGGCCGGUCACGUGGGCGUGUUGUGGGGGGGAGGGGCGCCGCCGCGCGGUCGGUUCCGGGCGGUUGGGAGCGCGCGAGCUAGCGAGCGAGAGGCAGCCGCGCCAGCCGCCGCCCCUGCUCUGUAUGCCGCUCUCUCCCGGCGCGGCCGCCGCCGAUCACAGCAGCAGGAGCCGCCGCCGCCGCGGUUGAUGUGGUUGGGCCGGGGCUGAGGAGGCCGCCAAGAUGCCGCAGUCCAAGUCCCGGAAGAUCGCGAUCCUGGGCUACCGGUCUGUGGGGAAAUCCUCAUUGACGAUUCAGUUUGUUGAAGGCCAAUUUGUGGACUCCUACGAUCCAACCAUAGAAAACACUUUUACAAAGUUGAUCACAGUAAAUGGACAAGAAUAUCAUCUUCAACUUGUAGACACAGCCGGGCAAGAUGAAUAUUCUAUCUUUCCUCAGACAUACUCCAUAGAUAUUAAUGGCUAUAUUCUUGUGUAUUCUGUUACAUCAAUCAAAAGUUUUGAAGUGAUUAAAGUUAUCCAUGGCAAAUUGUUGGAUAUGGUGGGGAAAGUACAAAUACCUAUUAUGUUGGUUGGGAAUAAGAAAGACCUGCAUAUGGAAAGGGUGAUCAGUUAUGAAGAAGGGAAAGCUUUGGCAGAAUCUUGGAAUGCAGCUUUUUUGGAAUCUUCUGCUAAAGAAAAUCAGACUGCUGUUGAUGUUUUUCGAAGGAUAAUUUUGGAGGCAGAAAAAAUGGACGGGGCAGCUUCACAAGGCAAGUCUUCAUGCUCGGUGAUGUGAUUCUGCUGCAAAGCCCGAGGACACUGGGAAUAUAUUCUACCUGAAGAAGCAAACUGCCCGUUCUCCUUGAAGAUAAACUAUGCUUCUUUUUUCUUCUGUUAACCUGAAAGAUAUCAUUUGGGUCAGAGCUCCCCUCCCUUCAGAUUAUGUUAACUCUGAGUCUGUCCAAAUGAGUUCACUUCCAUUUUCAAAUUUUAAGCAAUCAUAUUUUCGAUUUAUAUAUUGUAUUUCUUAAUAUUAUGACCAAGAAUUUUAUCGGCAUUAAUUUUUCAGUGUAGUUUGUUGUUUAAAAUAAUGUAAUCAUCAAAAUGAUGCAUAUUGUUACACUACUAUUAACUAGGCUUCAAUAUAUCAGUGUUUAUUUCAUUGUGUUAAAUGUAUACUUGUAAAUAAAAUAGCUGCAAACCUCAGUCCUUUGUGCUACUUGAUGUGGCUUUCAAAGAAGAGAAGCCUUGUCCUGAGUUUCUCACUUGGCUUCAGGAAGGCCCCCAGUCGGAUUCCAGAAACCAGUGAAGAUGUGGCCACAGGAGGAGGUGUGCUGAGGUGGCUGCUGACCAUGGACUCCCUGUGCAGUAGCCUGCAGAUGUUGGGGCUGGGUUACAGCUGAUUGAAGCUGAGUGGCCCUGGGGGGUCUGUGAGGGGAGUUCCUCCCCAGUGAUGAGAUUCUCUCCUUCCACCCUCAAAUCCCUAGACCUUGACUGAAAUGCUCCGUGGUCGGGAGCCUGGUCAAGGAGGAGGAGCUGCUGAGAGGCAUUGUUUGCCCUUGCUCAUAGCUUAGCUCGAUGUCCGUGUCAGACAGGAGACGAUUGAGAACAGCCUUGCCUGUCACUGUCCUAGAACACCCUGGAGUUUAGUGUUCUGUGUCAGAGUCUUGGGAGCCUCCUUCAGACCCAGACGACGGGCCUCCCUCUGUCCAAGGAGCAGCUGUAAAGGAGAAGAGGAAUUUCAUUUGUUUGGUGGCUGUUACCUUGUCUGUAAGUCAAACUUGGAGUUGAGCAGUGCUUUUUAAAUGAUUCCCUUUUGCAGCUAAGAUUUCACAGGGCUAUUUCUAAUACGUAAGCAAAUGUUACAUUGACUUUAUUAAUAAAAUAUAGUUUUGCUUUGCA